AUGUUAUUUCUAUAUAGCUGCUUAAUAUUCGUCACCUAUUUCUUAGGUAUAUCUGAGGCUUUUUAUUUGCCUGGAGUUGCCCCAACUAAUUAUAAGAAGGGUGAUUCUAUUCCAUUAUUAGUUAAUCAUUUGGCACCAACCGUUCGUCAUAGAACGAGUAAUGGUCAUGGAAACAUUGAUAUGAAGACAUACAUUUAUUCUUAUGAUUACUAUUAUCCAAAAUUCCAUUUCUGUCCACCAAGUGGAGGUCCUAAGAAGCAAUCAGAAUCCUUAGGUUCGAUCAUAUUCGGAGACAGAAUUUUCAAUUCUCCUUUUGAAAUAAAGAUGUUGGAAGAGACCAAAUGUAAAACUUUAUGCUCAUCUCAAUAUUCCAACACCGAUGCUGUCUUCGUCAACAGGAAUAUUAGGGCUGGUUACAAUUAUAAUUGGAUUAUCGAUGGAUUACCAGCUGCGCAACAUGCUUACGAUGAUAGUACGAAGGACGAGUUUUACGGUUCAGGGUUUUCCAUUGGUGAAAUUGAUGACAACAAAUUAGCACAUUUAUAUAACCAUUUUGACAUUCAUAUCGAAUACCACAAAAGAAGCGAGAAUAAUUAUAGAGUCGUUGGUGUGACUGUUAAUCCAUUCUCAUGGGAUAGAAGUGGUAUAACUGAAACAGACAAUAAGGAAAAGGUAUGCUCACCAGAAUUGAAAAAGGUUCAUUUAAAGAAAGAAUCCCAAACAAGUGUAAUGUUUACGUACUCAGUUUACUUCGAAGAAUCUGAAACUCCUUGGGCUACAAGAUGGGAUAAAUACUUGCAUGUGUAUGACCCAAAGAUCCAAUGGUUUUCAUUGAUUAAUUUUUCAUUGAUUGUAGUCAUUUUGGGUAUAAUAAUUGCACAUAUAUUGAUGAGAACAUUGAAAAAUGAUAUUGUCAAAUAUAAUGAAGUUAACUUAGAUGAUGAUAUUUCUGAUGAAAGUGGAUGGAAAUUAGUUCAUGCUGAUGUGUUUAGACCUCCUCAACAUAAAUUAUUAUUGUCGGUUUUGCUUGGUAGUGGUGUUCAAAUAUUUUUGAUGACACUUAUCACAAUCGUAUUCGCAUUGUUUGGUUUAUUAUCUCCAUCAAAUAGAGGUGCAUUAUCAACAUUUAUGUUUAUUUUGUACAUAUUACUCAGUGUGAUUUCCUCAUUUGUCUCAAGUUAUCUUUAUAGAUUUUUCGGAGGCGAAAAUUGGAAAUUGAAUAUGAUUUUAACACCAACCCUUGUUCCAGGUGUUUUAUUUUCUAUCUUCCUUUUGUUGAACUUUUUCUUAAUCUAUGUUGAAUCUUCGGGCGCCAUUCCUAUCGGCACAAUGUUUGCCAUGACAGCCAUAUGGUUUGUGAUUUCAAUUCCUUUGUCUGUUGUUGGAUCAAUAUUAGCUUCUAAGAAGUCUUUAUUAAGCAUACCUGUCAGAACUAACCAAAUCCCUAGACAAAUCCCUCAACAACCAUGGUACUUGAAAAACUUUCCACUUAUGAUCAUCUCAGGAAUAUUUCCAUUUGGAUCAAUUGCAGUAGAAAUGUAUUUCAUUUACUCCUCCUUAUGGUUCAACAAAAUAUUCUAUAUGUUUGGAUUUUUAUUCUUCUGCUUCAUCUUGAUGAUUUUGACAUCUGCCUUAAUUUCAGUUUUAAUGGUAUAUUAUACCUUAUGCUCUGAAAAUUAUAAAUGGCACUGGAAAUCUCUUUACAUUGGUGGAGGUUGCUCAAUUUAUGUCUUCUUACACUCAUUAUUUUUGAUAAGUGGUUAUAAAUUAGAAGGUGUAUCAUCAAUUGUAUUAUAUGUGGGUUAUUCCGCCGUGACAUCUCUUUUGGUUUUCCUUUGUUGCGGUACUGUUGGAUUCGUCAGUAGUUUAUUCUUCGUUAGAAAAAUCUAUGCACAAAUCAAGAUCGACUAA